AUGACCACAACUAGAAGUGAUGUCGGAAGUGGGUCGAGGUUCACGAUGAUAGGUUGCAAUAGGGUGAAGGCUGCUUGUCAAGAGGUUCCGAGAGAUGGCUGGAAUGGAGGUGUUCAGCUGGUUGAGAUGAAAUCGAUUGCAGAGGAGGUAAUUGGACAUCAGUGCUUCACCGGAAACCUCUUUUUGGAUUCAAUCGUUUUUUUGUAUUGUAGCAACUACUACAACGAAUCAUCUGAUCCGCCGGAGCUCUGUGAUUGGUGCCAAAUCGACGAGAUUCGAAGCUCCAAACAUGGAUGUUCUUCGAAGAAACCGGCGGCAGUCAGCAGCGGCCGGUCGGAAUAUUCCGGUGACAAGAUCAAACAACAAGUUCGUGAAGAGGGGUCGGAGAAAGGGAAGUCGCCCACAACUGGAGCUCCUUCUCCGAGGACGGGUACACGAAGGUAA